UAGAACUUUGAAGUAGUUAAGCGGCCACAACGAAAUGAAGAGACCAAACCAGCAAACACUUUUUUUUUCGCAAUCAUCGCCCAAAGUUUCUUGUUUCACAAACAAACUUGGGGCGGAUUCUCCGAAUUCAAAUCAGACCACCAAACAAAACUGUGUCUUUGGUUCCACUGAUAACCCAAAGUUUGAAAAGCUUUAAAGAUUUCGCAUUUUUGGAGCAAAAUUCAAGAGUUUGAAGAAGAUGGCAAGCAUUGCUGGCAUUUCUUCUUCUAAUGCUCUGAUCAGAAACAAUGGAGUUUCUGUUACUCAGUUUAAUGGGCUCAGACCAUUGGAGAAUAUGCAUGUGGCUACAGCAGCUAUAAACCAAAUUGGCUUUCUUUCUACUUCAGCUACAAAAUCUAGAACAAUCAGAGCAAUGGCUUCAACGAAUGUUUCAGCUCCGAAAAGAGAAACGGAUCCGAAGAAACGAGUUGUUAUAACAGGAAUGGGACUAGUGUCGGUUUUUGGCAGUGACAUUGAUACAUUUUAUAACAGACUUCUUGAUGGAGAGAGUGGGAUCAGCCUAAUAGAUAGGUUUGAUGCUUCUACUUUUUCCGUUCGUUUCGCGGGUCAGAUUCGUGAUUUUUCUUCCAAGGGAUAUAUCGAUGGGAAAAAUGAUCGGCGGUUAGAUGAUUGCUGGAGGUACUGUCUUGUUGCUGGAAAGAGAGCCCUUGAUGAUGCAAACCUUGGCUCUCAAGUUCUUGAAAAAAUGGAUCGUACAAAAACCGGAGUGCUUAUAGGAACAGGAAUGGGAGGAUUAACAGCAUUUAGCAAUGGAGUUGAAGCACUAGUCCAAAAGGGUUAUAAGAAGAUAACUCCAUUUUUCAUCCCUUAUUCAAUCACCAACAUGGGCUCAGCAUUGUUAGCUAUAGACACUGGCCUAAUGGGUCCUAAUUACUCCAUUUCAACUGCUUGUGCAACCGCAAACUAUUGCUUCUACGCCGCGGCUAAUCACAUCAGAAGAGGUGAAGCAGACAUAAUGGUAGCCGGAGGAACUGAGGCUGCUGUAAUUCCAACUGGCAUCGGUGGGUUUAUAGCUUGCAGAGCAUUGUCGCAGAGGAACGAAGAUCCCACUAAAGCUUCAAGACCAUGGGACAAGAAUCGCGAUGGUUUCGUAAUGGGAGAAGGCGCUGGUGUUCUGGUAAUGGAAAGCUUGGAUCACGCGAUGAAGCGAGGAGCCAAUAUAAUUGCAGAGUACUUAGGAGGUGCUGUAACCUGUGAUGCUCAUCAUAUGACUGAUCCUCGGUCCGAUGGUCUCGGAGUUUCAUCUUGUAUAACCAAGAGCUUGGAGGAUGCCAAAGUUUCCCCUGAAGAGGUAAACUAUGUUAAUGCUCAUGCAACCUCAACAUUAGCAGGAGAUUUAGCUGAGGUUAAUGCCAUCAAGAAAGUCUUUAAGGACACAUCAGAGAUCAAAAUGAACGGAACCAAGUCAAUGAUUGGACAUGGGCUUGGAGCUGCUGGUGGACUAGAAGCUAUAGCAACCAUAAAAGCAAUAACAACAGGAUGGCUCCAUCCAACAAUCAAUCAAUAUGAUUUGGAGGCUGAUGUUACCAUUGACACUGUCCCUAAUGUAAAGAAGCAGCAUCAAGUUAAUGUUGCUAUCUCAAAUUCAUUCGGGUUCGGUGGACAUAAUUCAGUGGUUGUUUUUGCUCCAUUCACGCCUUAAAAUCUCAUGCCAAGCAACAAAUAUUUGGCUCAAGGCUGAUUGAACAAUAACGGAUACGUUCAUUAUUUUUGCUACCACAUUCAAAUCCUAAUUUUCAUUUCAAUAUCUUGUAACCUCCUUUGAUGAUCACAUUGGAUUUAGUGUUUAUUAAGCUAAUAAAAGGCAGGAUUCAUAAUAUUUCAA